AUGAAACUGCAUUUGGCCGUAUUCUCCAUUACUUGUUGCAUCUAUGUGACCAGCUCCCCGGUUCCUCCUCGUCCGGACCAAGUUGAGCUUCUUUUAGCUUUCAAGAACGAGUUUCCAUCCCGCAGCUGCGACCCUAUCUGGAACACGCUGGAUGUUGUAAACCAUAGUCCAAAUAUAAGCUCUUGGACCAAAGAAGGUGUUUCCUUCGAUGGAGUUGUGUUUGAUAACGCCACAGGUGCGGUCACAGAGCUAAACCUUGGUGGUGCAUGUAUCAGUGGCACCAUCCAGGCUAAUAGUAGCCUCUUCCGGUUCCAACACCUCAGGUACCUCCGUCUCUUUAUCAACCACUUUGACUCGUCCCCACUCCCCUCCGGAUUUGGCAGACUCACCAGCUUGGAAUAUUUAGAUCUUAGCCAAAAUGGUUUUACCGGAGAAGUUCCAUCAUCAAUCAGUAACCUAAGCCGCUUAACCUUCUUGGACCUUUCACGUAACAAGCUCACCGGUCGGUUUCCCCAUGUACAUAAUCUAACACUUCUUUCUUCUAUAGACCUUUCUUAUAACCACUUCUCUGGAACCAUUCCUUCUAAUCUAUUCACCACCAUGCUUUCCCUAGAUUAUCUUGAUUUGCGCCAAAACCAUCUUAAAGACCCUCUUGAAACCAUGACUUCUUCUCCAAGUUCCAAGCUUGUGCAUCUAGACAUGGCCAAGAAUCUUUUUAGUUCUCGAAUCCUAGAACCUAUCUCAAAGCUACCAAACCUCACACACCUAGACCUAUCUUUUCAAAACACAACAACCUACACCAUCAACUUCGAUUUCUUGUCCUUCAAGUCUCUAGAGUAUUUGGAUCUUUCCGGAAAUAGUGUGUCAGUGCUUAAUACCUCUUCCAAAAACUUGUCGUUUCUAAUCUUGUCCAGCUGCAACCUCACUGAGUUCCCAACGUUUAUAAAGACCUCAAGGAACUUGGAGGUAUUAGACGUUUCCAAGAAUAGGCUCAAAGGAAAAGUUCCUGAAUGGUUAUGGAAACUUCCUUCUUUGAGCCAUGCAAAUCUCUCUCACAACUCCUUCAGUGGUUCGCCAAAAGUGCUCCUUAACUCGUCUCUCUCCGAGUUGGAUUUGAGUUCAAACACCUUCCACGGCUCCUUUCCUAUUAUCCCACACACCAUCAAGGUCAUGGCUGCAUCAAAUAACAAUUUCUCCGGAGGCAUACCUCUCACACUCUGCCAAGCAUCUCAGCUGAGACUCCUCGAUCUAUCACACAACAGUUUCAGUGGGUCAAUCCACCGAUGCUUGACAAAUGUAUCUGUGUUGAAACUCCGUAACAACGACCUCACUGGGAGACUUCCUGACAUAGAUAGCCGUAUACUAGUAAUACUUGACGUUGGCCACAAUCAAAUAAGUGGGAAGCUUCCGAGGUCUGUUGUUGUUUAA